UUUUUGGCAAUGUCGUGUUCCAGCAGUCACGAUCUGGAUCUCCCAGAAAGGAGUAACCACACGAAUGGAUGUGAACGAGAAAAAAAGCGUUUGUCUUUUUGUUAACUCCUCACCUUCAUUACGCGCUCAUGUCCCGCUAUCCCGAUCAACGUCAUGCGGGUCCUCCUCUGCGGACAUCGUCUUCAUCCAUGGACUUGCACCAGCCACCGUCUCCCAAUGAUCUGCCCAUGCAUGCCCUUUCUUUGCAUCAUCAGUCACCGGUUCCUCGUCAUCCCUCCUAUCCUCACGCACCUGAAUCGCCUUCUCCACUAAGACGAGACCCUAUGCCCAUGCAACCACCUGUUAAUACAUAUAUUUUACAACCUAUUAACCACGAUAGUCCAGCUGUCGGGUCGCCUCGUCCAGCACCCAGCGGUCGACCGGAUGGUCUAGCCAAUACACCCGUCUCUUCCUCCUCCACCAAUACCACUCAUACCACCGAUCCUCGCCUAUCCACUCCAUCCCCUCGAGCUUCACCCGCCAUGACUUACAGUCAACCACGCAUGGACUUGUAUGAUCCUACUUUGACAGCAGGCUUUCAACAACAACAACCUCGUGCUGAUUACUCGGCUGUACCACCUCCAGGAGCAUAUGCGGCUUACCCCCAACAGCAGUCAAUGUAUUAUCCGACCUCCAAUUACAACGGCGCUCUCCCAGUAGCACCAUCUUGGGGCUACGCCGAUGACCCGAAUGCCUACUAUGCUGAUCCACGUCAACAACAGUCAUACUACUACCCAUCCGAUCCUUAUCAAUAUGAUCCUUCGGUGCGACCGUCGGAUGCCACCUACAUGGUUUCCGCCACCCAUUCGCCUGCUGAAAAUGGCAUUACGGUGGCGGAUGAUACUGCGUAUGCGACGGCCAAUGCUUCGCCAAAGAAAGCAUCAAAAAAUCAGUUAAAGUUCCCACCGGCCACCACCGAAAAUCUCAACAAAUUCCGAGCCCAGGCCAAAGCUAGUCGGGAUCCCAAGAUCGAGCUUGAUCUGGCCAAGUAUUUGUUGGAAGCUGUGCGGCAGGUCCGUACAGAUCCCAAAGAUCCGAAGCGAAGCCGAAAAAUUAAGGAAGCACUGACUACCGAAGCGCAAAAGAUUGUGAAGAAACUCGUGUCGCAGUCGAGCGGGCUUGGAAAAACAUCGGGGUAUCCUGACGCCGUGUUCUUCAUGGCAACCUGUUACGGGUCUGGCCAGAUGGGAUUAUCGGUGGAUGUUGAAAAGGCAUUCAGUUUAUAUCUGCAGGGAUCCAAACAAAGUCAUCCCGAGUCGACAUAUCGCGUCGCCGUGUGCUAUGAAACCGGACUGGGCACCAAGCGUGACAAGGGUCACGCAAUGCAAUUCUACCGCAAAGCGGCCAAUUUGGGGGAUCCGGCCGCCAUGCUAAAGUUGGGCAUGAUUCUGUUAAAUGGACUCUUGGGACAACAAAAGACGCCGCGGGAAGCCAUUUCAUGGCUGAAACGAGCGGCGCAACGAGCCGACGAGGAGCAUCCUCAAGCGCUUCACGAACUCGGUUUGGCCCUCGAAAGCGAGAAUCUUCCAGGAGUCAUUCCAGACGUCAAUCAUGCGCGCGAUUUAUAUACACAGGCUGCUCAGUACGGCUAUGCACCAUCCCAAUUCCGGUUAGGCCUGGCGUAUGAGAAUGGGUUCUUGAAUUGUCCCGUGGAUCCACGUCGAUCGAUUGCCUGGUAUUCCAAGGCAGCCGAACAGGGAGAUGUGGAAUCGGAACUGGCCUUAUCAGGAUGGUAUCUGACGGGGGCCGAAGGGGUCUUGAAUCAGAGCGAUACCGAGGCUUAUCUGUGGGCACGCAAAGCCGCCGAGAAAGGCUCUUCCAAGGCCGAGUACGCCGUAGGGUAUUACACCGAGACGGGCAUUGGCGUGAAACAGAAUCUCGACGAUGCGAAAAAAUGGUAUAUGCGUGCCGCCGCCCAGAACAAUCGAAAGGCGAUGCAACGGUUGACCGAACUGAAGAAGCAAGGACCCAACCAAAUGCGAAAACGACAACAACACACCCGUCCUACCAACGGUGCCAAGCCAAACAACAGUGAUAACAGCGACUGCCGUAUCAUGUAACGGUACCUGUGUACUUGUUUAAUUUUUUAUUCGUAAUAACACUGCAUCAUUCCAACCUCUUUUAUUUUACUUUAUAUUACUACUGUAAACCCUAAUUAUCUUGAUAGAUUUGAUAUGUCCUCCCCCUCGUCCAAAUCAAAAUUAUUAAAAUAGCCUUAUCUUGGAGAAAGAAAGAAAAAAAAAAAAAA